AGUAAACUACAGCCCUCCUUGUACCUGCACCUAAGGUUAAGACCCGAAGGUCUGCAACAGCUCGGUUGAUCAAACAAGCGGACAACGAACUGCAAUCAGACAAGCAUCUGUACCUGCCAUCGUAUUGCAUGGAAGAGCUGCUUACCAACUUGGACUCCACAAACCAGGUUCAGGUUUUUCUUCAACACCAACGUCUGGAGGUGGCAAGCGGCAUCACAUCAGCAGACAUCAGCAGACUGAGAACCUGCACCAGAAAGAUGGUGGUGCUCACCUUGUGUUCCCGCCCUGCACUGUUGUUCGUCGUGUUGAUGUUUACAACCGUAGGGACUUCUGCCCUCCCUCAGCCUCACUCCCAGCCCCUGCAGAGAAACACCUCUCCGGUUGGUGAAGAUGACUCUCCACAGGAACGAUGGGAGGUGCUCUAUCCGUCCAUCUCUCUUCGUGACUGGAGUAUUCAAAUGUUGUCUGCUCCAGAAUUUACGGAGCUAGGCCCAGGACAUGGGCAGCUGGGCUUGGGUGAGUGGACACCCUUGAGCCAGUCACAGACGGAAAUGGACCUGGUGAAGGAAUGGCCUGGUGCCUGGACUCAGAGAGUGGACAACCAGGCAAAAAGAAACAUCGUAGUCGCGGAUGACGCAGCAUUCAGGGAGAAAAGUAAGCUUCUCACAGCUAUGGAGAGACAGAAAUGGCUGAAUUCAUACAUGCAGAAGCUGCUGGUGGUUAACUCAAAGUGAAUUGUGUGU